AGGAGCCAUCAGUCGAGAGGCAAGCCUUCCUCCCAAGGCUCUGAGAGGAGGCCCCUGAAGGGGUUCAGGCAAUACUCUGAACUGUCAGGAUGGAUCCUUGAUGAAGUUUGGCCAAAACUUCAGUAAGACAUCAAUUGAGUGGAUCGUAGAUCGUACGAUUGCGUUAGAGAGCAAUAAAGGAAAAAUGUGUCAGGAGACGUUCCUGCUCAUAGAUGUAGGUACAACAGCUCUCAUAUUGGGGAGCAAAGGUCCCAGCAUACAGAGUCAUAGAAAUGUCAGAAACAUCACGGUGUUUGCCCGUGGACCUGGAUUAAAGGCUAUCAUUUUUUACCACGUAUGUGACAUUGAACUGUGCAACAGAGCUAACAGCACCAGAAUGCUAAUUGACUCCAUCCCUUCUGUAGCCCCUACUGUGCGAGGAAGGCAGCCGUGUCCUAUCUGCUUGCAUUUUAAGGGUGUUUGCAACUCCAAAUCCAACCUUGCCAUCUGUCCCAGAGGCACUCGGUGUUAUAUGAGUGACCUGACACUCCAUGGAGGUGGCCUCAGUGCAAUCUUUAGCAUUUCUGGAUGUCUGGUCUAUCCUCAAAAAUUCUUAAUGAAAAAUCAAAGUUCAAUCGGGACGAUCACCCUAUUAGAAACCCGUUUGAUGCCAAAGAGAAAGUCAUCCUCACAGGUACUUGUCCCGAGCAUCUUACUGACCUGGAUGUUUGGGCUCUUAGCCCUUUGUUUACAGAGAUCUAUCCUCUGCUGAACCCAUUUCCUGGCCAUUCUUAAUCCCUCUUGGCCACCCAGACCCAGCCCUCCUCUGACUUCAAAGACCUGAGGCUGGGCGCUGUAGGCCUGCGCUCUCGGGAGCCCUCAUCCCUCACCCACACACCUCUGCCCCUCAUGUUUAGACUUGGGAGCCACUGAACCCAGCCGGCUCCAGAGCAGACAGGCACA